AUGGACACCGAGAUAAUAAUUGAUGAUGAAAAUAAUCAAGAAAAUUUAAUAACAACAACAUCAAUACUUCAGUCAGUUGAAAAUAAAACGAUGGAAGCCACAAUAGAUGCUAGUGAAAAAACGAAGAAAGAUCCAACUAAAGUUGUUUGCAUUGCCUGUAAUGAACAGUUUUCUAUCCAUCAUGGUGGAAAAAAUGAUAUUGAUCAACAUACAAAAUCGAAAAAACACAUCAACAAUAUGAAAUCAGUCAGUGUAAAUCGUCAAUUAAUAACAUCAACGGUAAAACCAAACAAGGAGGGCGAAGAAACAGCAGCUGCAGAAGGUAUCAUUGAUUUGGUCGAAGAUGCUGAUGAAUCAGCAGCAAAUAUUUAUGAAAAUCUCCAGGCUGCGAUUAAAAUAGCUGGUUUACAUUUAGAAGCAAUACUUAUGUGGAAGGUGUUUGUUUGUUCGGAAAUGAAACAUUUACUUAAUGAUUUUCGUAAUCGAGUGACAUCAGAUUCAGUAGCUGCUGAAUUACAAAUUCGUCGAAAUGACUCAUAG